CCGUGGAUGGCGAAAUACUUUCAAAAUGGGCAACUGGAUCAUUAACCAUGGACUGUCAUCCUUCAUACUGGUAAGAACAUGAUUAUUACCUUAAUCAUCUUCGACAGUGUAGGCUAUAGUUAUUGUAUAAUGUAAAUGAAUGCGAUACAUUUAUUUGGGCUGUUAUCUGGACUGCCAGACAAAGCCCAUCUGAGUGAUGACCCAGAUGCGCAAUAUCUCUCCAAAUGCGCAAAAUAAUAUAACUAGGGUUAGCCAUACUGAAACCCUAAAAUAUAUGUUAUUUUUAAGAGUAUAAAUAUAAGACUAAAAUACUAUACAAUAGUCACGAUCCUGCUGUUUGGGUAAUGAUCUCCUCCUGGCUGGACGUACAGGUGGUCUGGAUGUCCAUCAACAUAUUCCUGUUCCUUUGGUUCUAUUUCUUCUACGACUUGGGGGAUCAGUUUUUCUACACACGCCACAUUUUAGGGGUGAGUCUUACCAUACUAUUUAGGGCUUAGGUAAUAUAAACAUACUACGUGCUCAAUAAUGCAUGCAUUUGACUUAAAUAGGACAAGUAUCCAAUUUCCGAUGUCCGUAGAAUUUUCGUUCAAUAUAAUUACAAAGUUUUAACUGAGUUUUACCUGUAGCUUACACCAUUCUUUAUAAAAGGACAGAUGCCACAGAGGGUGUGUAUAGCAUAACACACUGCACAGGUUGACAUGGGUGUCUUUGGGCUUUCAGUCUGCCUUGGCUUGGGCCAGAGCCCCUGCAGCCGUCCUCAACUUCAACUGCCUGCUGAUUCUGCUGCCUGUGUGUCGGAACCUGCUGUCUCUCAUCCGGGGCUCCUUCAUGGUAAGACUAAUUCUGAGUGACAAGGGCCCAGGGUGGGGACAUUCAUUGUGCAAGUGUCUAAUUUGUCAUCAGAGAAUAUUGUGGCUGUAAUUCCCUGUGUUCUGUAAAUUACUAUGUAGUUAUAUUGUCUGAUGACACCUAUAACAGAACAGACUUGUAUGGUUGAAUUGUUUUUCCAAUAGGUGAGAAAGGUCUUUAAUUGACUUUGAUUGUAAUCUUCCUUAAGAUUUUUCUUGAACUUUCUUGUGUUGCUUUUUUAGUGCUGUGGGCGAACUAUGAGAAAACAGCUGGACAAAAAUAUCAGUUUCCACAAGCUGGUGGCCUACAUGAUUGGCCUGAUGACAGGUAUGUAACACUUGCUUCCUGGUAGGUAACCAGCUGAAAACCCCUAACCUGAAGCCUUUUGCACAGAUAAAUACCUUACUCUUAAACAAAGUUAGAUUUUUGUCGACAGUACUUAUGAAGUGUGUAAGAUUUAUGUGAAAUUGUUACCAGUAUUAUUUAGUCACCACAAAAUAUGACACUUUCUCAUUGUGGUGAAGGCAUAUGCGAUAAUAAAUCUAUCUUUAUCUUUUUCACCCCUUGACUAGAUAAAGGGAGGCAAGCUAAUUUUAUUAUUUUAUUUUACCUUUAUUUAACUAGGCAAGUCAGUUAAGAACAAAUUCUUAUUUACAAUGACGGCCUACACCGGCCAAACCCGGACGACGCUGGGCCAAUUGUAAAUAUGGACUUAAGGUCUAUUGUAUUAUAUGGGGAAAUCCUGACCUUGGAGAGACUAUCGCUCUCACAAAGUCUGACUCAAGAAGGACAAAGGAAACAGCCCAGCUCUUAGAAAACAUACAGUGCCAUGAAAAAGUAUUUACCCCCUUUCUGAUUCUCUAUUUUAGCAUAUUUUUUAUAGUGAAUGUUAGCCGAUCUUCAACCAAAACCUAGUAUUGAAUAAAGGGAACUUGAGUUUACAAAUAGUAUUUAAUUAACAAAGUUAUGCAACACUUAAUGCCCCUGUGUGAAAAGUAAUUGCCCACUUACACUCAAUAACUGGUUGUGCCACCUUUAGCUGCAAUGACUGCAACCAAAUGACUCCUGUAGUUGUUGAUCAGUUUCUCACAUCACUGUGGAGGAUUUUGGCCUACUCUUGCAUGCAGAACUGCUUUAACUCAGUGAUGUGUGGUUUUUCAUGCAUGAACUGCUCGUUUCAAGUCCUGCCACAACAUCUCAAUUGGGAUUAGGUCUGGACUUUGACUAGGCCAUUCCAAAAUGUAUUUUUUUUGCUUUUUAACCAUUUUCAUGUAGACUUGAUUGUGUGUUUUGGAUCAUUGUCUUGCUGCAUGACCCAGCUGCCCUUUAGUUUCAGCUCACAGGCGGAUGGCCUGAGAUUCUCCUGUAGAAUUAUCUGAUACAGAGCUGAAUUCAUGGUUCCUUCUAUUAAGGCAAGUUGUCCAGAUCCUGAGGCAGGGGUCCCAUUAUGCCUGGCAAAAACCAAACACUGCAUUCCACAGUAAGAACCUUAUACCAACGGUCAUGCAUGGUGGUGGUAGUGUGAUAGUUUAGGGAUGCUUUUCUGCCUCAGGACCUGGAUUACUUGACUUAAUUGUGUGUAAGGGGGCAAUUACUUUUUCACACAGGGGCAUUGGGUGUUGCAUAACUUUGUUUAUUAAAUAAAUGAAAGAAGUAUGUAAUUGUUGUGCUAUUUGUUAACUCAUAUUGUUCACUAAUAUUAGGUUUUGGUUGAAGAUCUGAUAACAUUCAGUAUCACAAAUAUGCAAAAGUAGAGAAAAUUAGAAAGGGAGCAAAUGCUUUUUCACAGCACUGUAUGUGACAUUUUCGAUAGAACAUGGGAACAUUAUUCCUCCAGUAUCUUUAGAUGUACUAUUCUACCUUACCAAAAGUAUGUGGACACCUGCUCAUCGAAUAUCUCAUUCCAAAAUCAUGGGCAUUAAUAUGGAGUUGGUCCCCCCUUUGCUGCUAUAACAGCCUCUACUCUUCUGGGAAGGCUUUUCACUAGAUGUUGGAACAUUGCUGCGGGGACUCGCUUCCAUUCAGCCACAAGAGCAUCAGUGAGGUCUGAUACUGAUGUUGGGCGAUUAGGUCUGGCUCGCAGUCGGCGUUCCAAUUCCUCCCAAAGGUGUUCGAUGGGGUUGAAGGCAGGGUUCUGUGCAGGCCAGUCAAGUUCUUCCACACCAAUCUCGACAAACCUUUUCUGUAUGGACCUCGCUUUGUGCACGGGGGCAUUGUCAUGUUAAAACAGGAAAGGGCCUUCCCCAAACUGUUGCCACAAAGUUGGAAGCACAGAAUUGUCUAGAAUGUCAUUCUAUGCUGUAGCGUUAAGAUUUGUCUUCACUGGAACUAAGGGAACCAUGAAAAACAGCCCCAGACCAUUAUUCCUCCUCCACCAAACUUUACAGUUGGCACUAUGCAUUGGGGCAGGUAGCGUUCCCUGGCAUACGCCAAACCCAGAUUCGUCCGUCGGACUGCAAGAUGUUGAAGCGUGAUUCAUCACUCCAGAGAACGUGUUUCUACUGCUCCAGAGUCCAAUGGCGGCAAGCUUUACACCACUCCAGCCGACACUUGGCAUUGCGCAUGGUGAUCUUAGGCUUGUGUGUGGCUGCUCGGCCAUGGAAACCCAUGUCAUGAAGCUCUCGAUGAACAGUUCUUGUGCUGACGUUGCUUCCAGGGGCAGUUUGGAACUCAACGAUUGUUACACGCUACGCGCUUCAGCACUCGGCAGUCCCAUUCUGUGAGCUUGUGUGGCCUACCACUUUGUGGCUGAGCGGUUGUUGCUCCUAGACGUUUCAACUUUACAAUAACAGCACUUGUCUCCUGAGUGGCGCAGUGGUCUAAGGCACUGCAUCGCAGUGCUAACUGUGCCACUAGAGAUCCUGGUUCGAAUCCAGGCUCUGUCGCAGCCGGCCGCGACCGGGAGACUCAUGGGCGGCGCACAAUUGGCCCAGCGUCGUCCAGGGUAGGGGAGGGAAUGGCCGGCAGGGAUGUAGCUCAGUUGAUAGAGCAUGGCGUUUGCAACGCCAGGGUUGUGGGUUCGAUUCCCACGGGGGGCCAGUAUAAAAAAAAUAUGUAUUCACUAACUGUAAGUCGCUCUGGAUAAGAGCGUCUGCUAAAUGACGUAAAUGUAAAUGUAACUUACAGUUGACCAGGGCAGCUCUAGCAGGUCAGAAAUUUGACAAACUGACUUGUUGGAAAGGUUGCAUCCUAUGACGGUGCCACGUUGAAAGUCACUGAGCUCUUCAGUAAGGCCAUUCUACUGCCAAUGUUUGUCUGUGGAGAUUGCAUGGCUGUGUGCUCGAUUUUAUACACCUGUCAGCAACAGGUGUGGCUGAAAUAGCCGAAUCCACCUAGUUUUGUAUAUAUAGUGUAUAUUGAGGAUGUCAUUGAAAACCUCAGCUUCUGUUGAAAUACCAGUACAUUGGUCAACGUAGAUUGAAAUGCUUGAGGAACGGAUAACCACUUUCCAACACUACUUCUUUAAUGUUAUUAUCCGUGCCAUUAUCUCUGUGCCAAGAUGAGUGGUGAGAUACUGUGUCUAUCAGCCCAAUUUGACUUGAUUUCUAUGCUUUUACUUCUUCUUUAGAAUGUAGCAGUGGUAUCUAAUCAAGGCAGUGACUUAUGUCCAAAGUCUCAUAAGUAAUUAACCUUCACUGCCCUGAAUGGAUGUCGAAUUUGGGGGUGGAAUGAUCCUGUUGAACAAAUGAGGAAUCUCUAUUCUAUGUCCUAAUGCUACAUGAAAUGUUGCUGUUUCUUUUCCUCGUUUUGGUGCAGCUGUUCACACAAUUGCCCAUUUGCUGAAUGUGGAGUGGUACUACAAUAGCAGGCUUGGGGAGUAUGAUGACCUCAGCACGGCCCUGUCCAGCCUGGAUGACUCGGGCAACAGCACCUUCCUGAACCCAAUCCGUUCUACAACCACUGUACGGCUUACAAUGUUUUAAUUUUAUUGUUAUUUUACCAGGUUGGUCUCAUUGAGAUUAAACAUUUCCUUUGCAAGAGACCUGGUCAAAAAAAGCAAUACAUAAAGUUUCAAACAAUUAAAACAAAGCACUACAGUUUAAAACAUCACUCAUUGUUAUGGGAGGAGUGGUUCAGCUAGGGGUCAAAACAUUGACGGCCCUUAAAUAGUUUUCCACCAUAGAUUUUACCCUAGCAGCUGUUGGCCAUUGGAAUAUAUAUAUACUACCGGUCAAAAGAACAUCAAGCGCUAUGAGUUGGACCGCAGAGUGAAGGAAAAGCAGCCAACAAGUGCUCACCAUAUGUGGGAACUCCUUCAAGACUGUUGGAAAAGCAUUCCUCAUGAAGCUGGUUGAGAGAAUGCCAAGAGUGUGCAAAGCUGUCAUCAAGGCAAAGGGUGGCUACUUUGAAGAAUCUCAAAUAUGAAAUAUAUUUUGAUUUGUUUAACAAUUUUGGUUACUACAUGAUUCCAUAUGUGUUAUUUCAUAGUUUUGAUGGCUUCACUAUUAUUCUACAAUGUAGAAAAUAGUAAAAAUAAAGAAAAACCCUUGAAUGAGUAGGUGUGUCCAAACUUUUGACUGGUACUGUAUAUAUAUCGUACUGUAUUAUAAUGCUUUGUAUGUUAUUGUAACUAAGGCCCAGAGUGUUUCCUAGUCAGGUCUGGUCAUCAGAAGAAACUCCUGGCACAUAGUAAUUUUAGAUGUCUUAUAUAGGCCUAGAGGUCAUGUGACUGACUUGUGUGUAUUCUGAUUGGCUCCUUCUCUCUCAGACUCCGACCCUCCUGGUGUUCACCAGCAUCGCUGGGAUCACAGGCGUAAUCAUCACGCUGUCACUCAUCCUCAUGAUCACCUCAUCCAUGGAGGUCAUCAGGCGCAGCUACUUCGAGGUCUUCUGGUUCACACACCACCUCUUCAUUGUCUUCUUCGCUGGGCUGGUCAUCCAUGGAGCCGGGUAAGGCUCGCUCAGUCCCAGCUCCCAUUCAUUUCAAGUGGAAAUAUUUGUUUUGGAUCAAGAGUUAAUGGCUUUGUCCUUUGUCUACAGACGCAUCGUGCGAAGUCAGACAACCACCGAUCCACCACAUAAUACCACCUUCUGUAAAGAUCGGACAGAUGACUGGGGGAUGAUUCCGGAGUGUCCCAUCCCUCAGUUUGCAGGGGGGUUCCCACAGGUAAGCGAUUCCUCAAUGACACCUACAACCAAAAAUAACUUAUGUGAAUCCCAGGCGUCAUGGUAAGAGAAUUGUCUCAGAAACAAUAUAUCCUGUGUUCCCUUGUCCCUACAGACCUGGAUGUGGGUGAUCGGUCCCAUGGUCCUCUAUGUGUGCGAACGCUUGCUGCGCUUCGUCCGCUACAUGCAGAGCGUCAAAUACAGAAAGGUGUGCACUGCAGUAACAAGCAGCUUUUCUGUGUAAUUGAUGAUAAUUGUGUUUUCCAUUCCAUAAACAGAUAAUCAACAUCUGUCUCUCCAACUCUCCUCUCUCAGAUAGUUAUUCGACCGUCCAAAGUGUUGGAGCUGCAGCUGGUGAAGAACGGUUUCAAGAUGGAUGUGGGUCAGUAUGUCUUCCUCAACUGCCCAGCCAUCUCCCAGCUGGAGUGGCACCCCUUCACCAUGACCUCGGCCCCUGAGGAGGACUUCUUCAGCGUGCACAUCCGCUCCGUGGGGGACUGGACCCAGAAACUCAUCAGCAUUGUGGAGCAGCUUCCUGAGGGGGCUGAGGGACCCAAGUAAGUUACUCCUCUUUAUAGAAAAGCAGCCAAUGGCUUAUACUGUAGCAGCAUGUUCCUAAUCUCAGUGGAUAAGGUGCAUCAAUGCAUGAUUUCUGUGAUAAGUCCAAGUUACAUGCACAGAUUUCAAAUUGGAAACCAUUCCUGAAUGCAUAGGAAUUAGGUUUAGCUGGUCAAAUCUUUCUGUCCUCUCUUCCUGUUUGCCAUUGCUUGACCUUUGACCUGUCCCUCAGAAUGGGUGUGGACGGACCGUUUGGUACAGCCAGUGAGGAUGUGUUUGACUACGAGGUCGCCAUGCUGGUUGGCGCUGGCAUUGGAGUCACCCCCUUCGCCUCCAUCCUCAAGUCCAUCUGGUACAAAUUCAAAGACUCCAACCCCAAGCUACGCACCAGAAAGGUAGGGAAUACAUUGAUACUCUAUGGCUUUCCAUUGAAGCGACUAACCAGACAGCUUUAGUGCUGCUAACCAGUCUAGCAUGUUUACAAAGUGGACAGAUUCCAUGAUGCACCUGCAAGUCUUUUUUGUUGUUUCUUACGCAAAAAGUCAAGCAAACCUUGGUUUCCUGCUAUGUGAACAUUAACAUUUUUCACGGACUAUUGCCAGCAUGGCAUGUUAUGCGUUUGGUAUUCCUUUGUUUGAAAUCACAUUCUCAUGUUUACUUCCUGGUUGCAGAUCUACUUCUAUUGGUUGUGCAGGGAGACGCAUGCCUUUGAGUGGUUUGCAGAUCUGCUGCAGGUGCUGGAGAGGGAGAUGGAGGAAAGAGGCAUGGGAGACUUUCUCACCUACAAACUCUACCUCACUGGAUGGGAUCAGAGCCAUGUACGUGAGGCAGCAUACAUACACCCACCAACAAUCUUUAUUACCGUAUUCCACUGUGAGACAUGUACUAGUUGUGGUAGCGUCUGUUCACUAUCUUUCUUCCCCAUAGGCAACUCAUGUGAUGGUUCAUGCCGAUGAGGACACGGAUGUGGUCACUGGUCUGAAGCAGAAAACCAACUAUGGCAGGCCCAACUGGGAUAAGGAGUUUGAACAAGUGCGCAAAGAGAAUCCGACGUAAGUUUGUUUACAACACAUUUUGGCACGACAGUAUUCCCUUAUAAAUCAAUUUUGGACAGUGUAGUUGGUAGUUAAUAGCAGGGGUAUUACUUCUAAAACAUAUAGCUUGGUGUGUACCCUACAUUGGCUAAACUACUAUAUAUUUUGGUCUCUUAUCAAUGUCCACAGGUCAGUGGUGGGCACGUUCUUGUGUGGCCCUGCAGUCUUAGCUACAGUCUUGUCAAAGAAAUGUGUCAAAUACACGGACGUCGAUCCCCGAAAGACCAAAUUCUACUUCAACAAGGAGAACUUUUGAGCAAAACAAUGUCUAAUCUGCUCCCCAUUAAGGAAAAGCUGGUUCUUUGCUCUUCCAAAAUGUUUGCAACAGAGAUGUUUUAGACCAUUCAUCUGAACACAAUGGAUGAUGACCGAUCCUGGUACGCUGUCUAAUACUUAUUUUACAUAGGAUUCACAGUAUGUUGCCUGUAAAAACAAUUGUGCAAUGUCUGUAUGAUCCCCUUUCAAAUGGCCCCAUCUUUACCUCUUUCUUGUCGGCAUUCACCAUUUAUAUAGCCAUUACUUAGGCAGCAACUGAGCAAGAGACAUUCAACUUUGACCAUGUUGUUGUGACUGUUGUCAUGGUAACCUGAUGCUGCAAGCAGCAUUGAGCUUGCCAGUUUGUAGUCCUAAAAACCGGACAUUAAACCCACAGAUAGAACAAUGAGACAGAUAUUUCACCAGAUGUAUAAAUGUGAAGCAUUCGCUUGGCAUUUCCACUCACUACCAAAUAUGGUAGUGA